AGCCUAGAAAAUGAAGCUAAAGGAAAUUGAGCGAACAGCUGUCCAGGCAUGGAGUCCAGCAAACAACCACCCCAUUUACCUAGCAACAGGAACAUCUGCCCAACAACUGGAUGCAUCCUUCAGUACAAAUGCCACCUUGGAAAUAUUUGAGGUUGACUUCAGGGAUCCCUCCCUGGACAUGAAGCAGAAAGGAACGCUUUCUGCCUCAAACAGGUUUCAUAAGCUCAUCUGGGGUAACUUUGGAAAUGGGUCCCCGGAGUCCUCCGGAGUGAUCAUUGGUGGAGGGGAUAAUGGUGUACUGACAAUGUACAGUGUGCACCGCAUCUUGGCUUCAAAGAGCGAGCCUGUAAUUGGGCAGACAGAGAAGCAUUCAGGUCCUGUUCGAGCUCUUGACUUCAACCCUUUCCAGAGUAACCUCUUGGCUUCUGGAGCCAAUGAUUCUGAAAUUUUCAUCUGGGACUUGAAUAACUUCAGUGUGCCUAUGACUCCGGGGGCUAAAUCACAGCCUCACGAAGACAUCAGUGUGGUGUCCUGGAAUCGGCAGGUGCAGCAUAUCCUGUCCUCUGCUCACCCCAGUGGCAAGGCUGUGGUUUGGGACCUCAGGAAGAAUGAGCCUAUCAUCAAAGUCAGCGACCACAGCAACAGAAUGCAUUGCUCAGGAAUGGCCUGGCAUCCAGAAGUUGCAACCCAGCUAGUCCUUUCCUCUGAGGAUGACCGCUUGCCAGUGAUCCAAAUAUGGGACUUACGUUUUGCUACCUCUCCUUUGAGCCAGCUGGAAGGGCACACGAGGGGAGUUCUUUCUGUCUCUUGGUGCCAGGCUGACCCCGAACUGCUGUUGAGUAGCGCCAAAGACAACCGGAUCUUGUGUUGGAACCCAAGCGUGGGGGAGGUGGUUUAUGAGUUGCCCAUUAGGAGUCAGUGGUGCUUUGAUGUCCAGUGGUGUCCUAGGAAUCCUUCAGUCUUCUCUGCUGCCACUUUUGAUGGGUGGAUCAACAUUUAUUCUGUUAUGGGUGGGAACUUAGAAGCUCAGCAGAAGACACAGGCUGACAAGAUCUCUUCCUCCUUCAACAACCUGGAUCCCUUUGGCACAGGACAGAUCCUUCCUCCGCUGCAGGUGCCAGAGCAAGUAGCUCAGACCACCUUGAUUCCACCACUAAAAAAGCCACCCAAGUGGAUUCGCAGACCUGUGGGGGUUUCAUUUGCAUUUGGAGGAAAACUUAUUUCCUUUGGUCUUACCAAAGCUCCUGGACAGCAAACGCAGCAGCCUUACCCACAUCAGGUAUUCAUCAGUCAAGUCACUACUGAAACUGAAUUCCUGCUCCGAUCCAGAGAACUGCAAAUGGCCUUGCAGUCAGGGAACCUCCUUGAUUACUGCCAGAGCAAGAUCCAGACAGCCAAGUUGCCAUUUGAUGAGAACCUUUGGAACUUCUUGAAGGUGAACCUGGAGCCAGAGUCCAGAACUAAACUCCUCAAGCUGCUGGGCUACAAUAAAGAGGAUCUGCAAAAAAAGAUUGCCUCAUGUUUGAGUAAUGGGAUCCCAGAUAAGCAGCCCCUUCCCGAGGCAGAUGAGACAAAUGCUGCGGAGCCAGAUCAGCUUUUGAUAAAUUCCAGUGAUGAUGCAGCUGCUGUUUCCUCCUCUUCAGCCUUUUUCGACAACCUCAUCCCACAGAAUAUGAGCACAUUGGAGAUUCCUGUCACAGAAGAUACGGAUGGACUCAUCAGCCAAUCCCUUUUAUUGGGGAAUUUUGAGGGUGCAGUGGAGCUGUGCAUGCGGGCAGAGCGCUUUGCUGAUGCCAUCAUCUUAGCUAUAGCUGGUGGGGAGAACCUCCUGAAGGAGACCCAGAAGCGCUACUUUGCCAAGCGUAAGACAAAACUCUCCCUGCUGCUUUCCUCCAUUGUGCAGCAGAACUGGCAAGAUAUUGUUUGCACGUGUGACCUACAGAGCUGGAAGGAGGCACUGGCCAUCUUGUUAACAUACUCAAAGCAUGAGGACUAUACUCAGCUCUGUGACAUGCUGGGUGCCCGCCUAGAGUCAGAGGGAGAUGCGGCCCUGUCCAACGACGCCUGCCUCUGCUAUAUCUCAUCAGGCAAUGUGGAGAGGUUGGUGGGAUGCUGGGUAAAAAACCAUGAGACUUCGUCACCCCUUGCCCUACAGGAUCUCAUAGAGAAGGUGAUGGUGCUGAGCAGGUCUAUUGAGAUGCUCCGAGGCACAGCAGGUCCAGCGCCAGGCCGUGUCUUGGCAGAACGAAUCACCCAAUAUGCCAGUCUCCUGGCAUCUCAAGGAUGCUUGGCAGCAGCAAUGAAUUACCUACCCAGCAGCUCUAAAGAGCUCGUGAUUGAACAGCUCCGAGACCGGCUUUUCCAUGCUCAAGGAGAUAAUGUGGGUGAUCAACAGCCGCCCCCUUUCAGUGUAGGUGUCAUUAAACACACAUCUCCAGCAGCCAAGGAUGGUUCUACCCCUGAAGGAGCAGCCCACAAAACAGGUCCCAGACAUCCAGAGAAGCCCAACUAUCAGUCAUCAUUUGCCCCUUCAGCACCUUCUCAGCCUUCAGUGCCUUCCCUCUUCAUGCCUCAGCCAGUGCCAGCGAUGUCUAUGACACCUCACCACGUUACCCCUCCCCAGGCCAGCACGGGUCCACAAACAAGUGUCUAUUCCAGAGGGCCCCCGUACCCACAGUACAACGUGGGCUUGGUUCCAGCAAGCAUUUCAGGGCCUGCUGUGUCACAAUCUCAGCCAUUUGGACCAGCAGGAGUCAGACCUGUUGGUCCUGCUCCCUUCCCCAGCCAGCCUUCUCUGCCAGGACAGUCCAUGCCCAUGACAUCUCCUGGUGUUCCACCACCUGGACCUACCCUCUUCACUCCAGCCUCAGUCCCAUCAUCUCAGCUUCCUGCAGCUUGUCCUCUCCCUGUGGCAAGCCAGUCUCCUCUAGGUUUCUCAUCAGCACCUUUCAACUGCCCCAUGAAUAUGGGUUACCCUCAGGGAGGUCCUGGAGCUCCAUCUACUAAGCCCCUGCCAGCAGCGAGCAUUCCUCCUCCUCCCACAGGUUUCUUUCCAUGGCUAGAUCCCCACGUGAAUCAUGCAGCUCAGGAAUCUUGGACUGAUCCCUCUGCUGCAAGAGGAGGCCUUCAAAAGAAAAAGUUGACUGAGAAAUUUACUCCUCCAGCCCCCAUCACAGCUCCAGUAAUGAGCUUGCCUGCUGAGCCCCAAGGAAUGAAUCCUCAGCUGUCCAGGUUGCAAGAAUCAGGCCAGUCACCCCCAGGAGCACCCAAGGAAGGCAGCCUGCAGUAUCACCAGCUACCUGUGGAGAGGGUUGAGAAGAAGGAGGUUCCCCCUGAGCACCAGGCUCUGAAGGCCACAUUUGAAGGGUUGGUGCAGCGCUGCUCUGCUGUUGCCACUGAUCCAAAAACCCGAAGGAAGCUAGAGGAUGCAUUGCAGCGCCUGGAGUGUUUGUAUGAGAAGCUCCGCGAGCAGGCACUUUCUCCAACUAUCCUCAUGGGUCUCCAUGAAAUUGCCCGCUGCAUUGAGGCUAGGAACUACCAACAGGGUCUCCUGGUUCACACCCAAGUGGUGAGCAGCAGCAGCUUCAGUGAAGUGUCUGGUUUCAUGCCCAUCCUGAAAGUCCUCAUGACCGUUGCUGGCAAGCUGAAUGUGUAAAGUGUGGAGCAUCUGGAACAAUGCACAAUGAGAACUGGUGGACUCUCUCACCUGUUGAUGUGCUGCAGGUUGUGGACUCUUCUUCUGACUCUGGAGAAGUAAGUCUGUGGCAGUGCCUGGAACUGUGCUGGGCCAGCACGCCUGGCCCCAUCGACUCUCCAGACAGCCAGCUGGGGCCUGGGACCCCUGGAGACUGUUCUUUCUCUCUCUUCUUUUUCACUAGCCUGAGGCCGCUUCCCAGCCCGGGGAUCUCAAUUUCAGGCUGUCCAGGUUGCACAGAGAUUCCUCCCUCUUCCCUGUUUCCCUGGCACAAAGGGGAAACUCCUUUCCACCUAGGCUGACAUUGCUUGGGUUGUUCUUUUUUUUAGGAGACAAACAGGGCUGGCACCU